GUCAUCGCCAAAAUUGCUGGGAAAAUAUAGCGACAAAUGAUGCACCGAGGAAAAGGUCACAACUCUGCAAGAGAUUGGAAUUCAGCAUGCGAAUACAAUUGCACGCAAUACGGACUAUCGUGCUUUUGUAUCGAUACACAUGAUUUGUAAAUGGACGGCAUAUCGAUAUUUGUGAUAAUCGACACGACCGGCAAAUGCACUUGUUUAGCGCGUUCAAAGGCAAAUUUUGUUUGUUAAAAUAAAAUAGCUGCAACUUUAGCCGCGAACGGUCAUAAACCACAAUGCAAGAGUUCUUCAGCGUGCUGCUGCCGGAUGUGAAAAAGGAGCUGCGCCGUGCAAUAAUUGAGUGCUCAAAACGAGGUCUGCUGCACAGCACCAAAUGGCUGGCGGAGAUGCAUCAUGGCCUGAGCGAUGUGAACAUCGACAACGCGGCGCCAGACGACGAUCAUUCGUUUAGCGAGUGCCAGCUGGAGGGCAUUGCGCCCGCCGAAUACAGCGAUUACUUUCUGGCCAAAAGCUAUUACGAUGUGCGUGAAUAUGACAGGGCCGCGCACGCCGUAAGGAAUUGCGAAUCGAGCGUGCCACGUUUUCUGCAUCUCUACUCCACGUACAUGGCGCGCGAGAAGCGACGCCUCGACUCCACCACAGAUCAGGCGAAUCUCAAUGAGCCAAAUCAAAUGCGUGACCUGGCCGAUCUGCUGGCCACGCUGCGCGCAGAGCAUGGACGCAGUCGCUUAGAUGGCUAUGGCAUCUAUCUGUAUGGCGUGGUGCUUAAGGCAUUAAAUCUAAAUAAAGCAGCCGAGCAAAUGCUUCUGAGUGCGGUGCGUCUGGUGCCCAUGCUGUGGAGCGCCUACCUCGAGCUAUCGCCGCUUAUUAUGGAGAAAAAAAAGCUGCUAAGCCUGCAGCUGGGCGGUCAUUGGAUGCGUCAUUUCUUCAUGGCACACACCUAUUUGGAGCUGUAUUUAAAUGAUGAUGGACUUAAGAUCUACGAGGAUCUACAGGCAGCGGGCUUCAGCAAGAGCAUCUAUCUAACCGCCCAAAUGGCGCUGGUCUAUCAUAACAAGCGAGAUGUGGAUAAGGCCAUCGAGUUGUUUCAGGCCUUGCUCGAGAGCGAUCCCUAUCGCCUGGACAAUGUGGAUACAUACUCCAAUUUGCUGUUCGUCAAGGAGAUGAAAACAGAAAUGGCCCAACUGGCGCACAAAGCUGUUAGCAUUAACAAAUAUCGACCCGAGACCUGCUGUGUUAUUGGCAACUACUAUAGCAUACGCUGUGAUCAUCAGGUGGCCAUUUCAUAUUUUCAGCGCGCUUUAAAACUUAAUCCCAAGUAUUUGGCCGCCUGGACUCUGAUGGGCCAUGAAUUUAUGGAGCUGAAAAACACAAAUGCUGCGAUUCAAAGCUACCGCAAAGCGGUGGAGGUCAAUAAACGUGACUAUCGUGCCUGGUAUGGCCUGGGCCAGGCCUAUGAGAUUAUUAAAAUGCAUUAUUAUAGUUUAUAUUAUUUUAAAAUUGCCCAUCAAUUGCGUCCGUAUGAUUCGCGCAUGUUGGUCGCUCUGGGCGAGACCUACGAGAAGCUGGACAAAUGCGAGAAUUCGGUCAAGUGCUAUUGGAAGGCCUGCGAUGUGGGUGACAUUGAGGGCAUAGCCAUGUACAAGUUGGCGAGCCUGCACGAGAAGCUGGGCGAUAAUGAGACGGCCGUCCAUUGUUAUAUUAUGUACUGCGAGGACGAACGCGCGGCCACCGAUAAACAAAGCCUCUACCAGGGCUUUAUGACGCUGGCCAACUACUAUGAGAAGAAGUGCGACUAUGAACGUGCCGCUUACUAUGCUUACAAGUGCCUGGACUCGGAUGAUCGCAAGACGGAGGCGAAGGCGCUGCUUAAGACCAUUGAUUCACGACGCAGUGCUGAGUGCCAAAAGAAAAAGUCCACAACGGUGGUGGCCACGGCAGAGACCAGUUCCGAGGAUGAAAUGGAAUGGGAGCAGCUGGAUGUGCGCGUGCGCGUACCAUUCACCUCAAUAGCUGACAAAUCAACAUCAACAUCAACGGCUGCCGCCAACGCCGCAGGCCCCUCAACAUCAGCCAGCAGCACACGACGACUGCGUUCGGUGCCAGAGCGUGUGCGUCGCACCCAGCCUAGUCAACGUAGUCUGAUUGGACCUACCGCAAACAGCACGGCAACAGCAACUACGACAACGACGACAAUAACAAUCCCAACGAUUAGCGAGGAGACGCCGGGUAGCAGCACAGCGGCAACGGAAACGCUGGAUGAUAUAACGCCGGGCACAGCUACAUCCGAACAGCAGGGAACAACACACGAUGGCAGCUCCAUGGAAAUAUCGAGCGUGUCCAUCGAUUAAAUGUACACCUGACACAUUUAUGUUAGUUGUGAAUUAUAUUGAAAAUUAUUUUAUUAAUGCGUUGAGCAAUGAUGAUGUGCUUUAAAUCAAGGCUAUGAACAAAAACGGUUCGAACCGGGAAUUCCCAUUUUUAUUGUACUUUUAGAGAAAUCUUGAACCGAACCAUUUACCCAACAGCCGCAGCAUUAAUUGCGGAAAUUGUUUUCUAAAGAAAAAAAAAUGUUGCAGCAUUUACAUUAAUUUUUAUUAAGUUAAUUGUGAUUCGGUUGAGAGAGCCAGUCCCAAAGCGUUAAGAUCGCGCUAAAAUCUAUGAAAAUAAUUACUUAUAUAUACAUACUAUAUAUCAUAAAUCAUAUUUGUAAUAUUUCUAACAGAACGGGCAAUUUUGAGCCUAAAAUCUGUUUUGUAUAGUCAGCUCGAAGUUAUUCUAUAACAAAUUAUCGACUUAAUUAUUUUCUUUAAUAUUUGAAAGAAUGUGACAAACUAAGAUCUGAUUGUAAGAAUGGGAAAAUCCGGAUUCACGAAACGAACCGAGUUCGAAAACAAAACUUAUUUGCAUUUAAUUAACGAAUAAGUUUUAUGAUCAAAGAAAAACAGCUACUGGAGCCAAUUGCUGAGAGCUCACAGUCAAAAUUAAAGCCUGCAUCGAUCUAUGCCAUUGUUAAGCAA